ACAGUUAGGAGGUAAGCUCUAUGCACCUAUGAAGUCAGUGGCGGACCCAGAAAUUAGAUCAAGAGUAUCAACGAUAAAACAAAAUUAUUAAGGAUUGUCAAACAAUUUUAAGUUCAAAUUCUUCCAUUACUAAGGAAUUUUUGUAGUGCAACCGGACCAAGGUUUGUCAAUGGACAAACCUAUCCCCAACCUAGAUCCGCCCUUGUAUGAAGUAGCUCAGAAGAUAGAGAAUAUUACAAAACUUCACGAGCAGUUAAAAUUAUCUGUCUGCUCAUGAAUGUUAUCCAUAAUUAACAUGUCGAUUGCUAGUUUGAUGUGUAACACUAGCAUUUCAUAUGAUUAGGGCAAACUUGAAGAGUUGGGUGAGAGUACUCACCCAAAUCAAAGAGCUGUCUAACAUGGAUUAAGGUUUGAUUGUAGCAAGAAAUCCAGUUGUUGUAGAAUCCUACAGGGCAGUGAAAUUUUGGCGGGAAGAAGAUAUUGUCGAAACUUGAAAGUGAUGGAAUGCAGAAGUUAUAAGAAGGUAAUAAAAGAAGAUAGAUGCUGGCAGGCAGGGUAGAUUUUUGUAGCAGCUGUGGCUAGUUGGGGUUGGAAGAGGACUGUGGAGGUGCAAUAACGAGAGCUCACGGGCAAUCCCCCACCUUUAAUUUCUUCCCCCUCUGUCACUCAAUUUCAAAGCACAAGCCAACAGCCCAGAAUACCAACACACACAUUUAAAUUUUAAUGGUGGCCGGGAAACAAAUAUAUUGCAAUACCAGUAGCUGGUUGCAGAUCAAACUCCACCACCUGUAUUCAUUUUCAUUCAUGUCUCUCUUUUCUAUAUCUCUCUCUAUCUCUAUAUUGCUUUAUGUCACGAGGAUCCUAUUUAUAGGGAGCUACCUGGUCUCUACAAACUCAUCAUCAUCGUCAUUCAUCACCACCAUCAAUCAUAAUCCUUCAAAACCCUCCCAAGGUUUCUGACCCUUCUCCUCCUCCAAAGAUAUGAAGAAGUGUUGUUGCAGCUGCAGCAGGGUUUUGAGGUUUGAAGCAACAUUGCUGGUGAUGGUGAUCAUAUGCAUGGCGAUGAUGGGGAGGAUCGAGGGCGGUCGUGGCAUCCGGCAGCCACCAUCAAGUGUUCCUAGCACCAUGGUGAAUGAUGUUCCUCCCUAUCACGAUUCGUCGGCGAAAGAGAAGGGAUAUGUGGAGCUUAAGAGGAAUCACGGCGGCAGAGAAGGGCAAGUUGUGGUGUUUGGAGGGAAGGAAGUGAAGGACUGCAUGCCGAAAGGGUUUAGACACACCUCUGCUCCUUCCAGAUAUGUCAACUACCUUCCCCUACUUGGCUCUAACUGCCAUUGAAGAAACUCCCAACUUCAUCAGCCACCACGGCCACCCUUGAGAGUGUUUGCUGCACCCCAAUUACACAUCAGUCGCAAUUGCACUGCUUGUGGAAUUCUAGAUCAAAGUUUUUCUUCCUCGGCUUGUUUUCGCAUGUUCUGUAGCUUCUUCAUUUAUUCAUUUCCAGUUCAUGACUAGGUUGUAGGAAGUAAAGUUCGUUAAUUCAC